CGUCUUGAGGCUUUCAGCUUGCAGAAAAGGAGAGCAUCUGAUGCGUCUGCUCACAUGCCACUUUUGAUCGUACGUUGCCUCCUUGCACAGAGCAGGAUCGUUGGGAAAGAUGGAGAUACCAUAAGUUGCUAGUAGUGAAAAGUGCUGCAGAAAUCCAGAGGUUUCCCUUCUCCGUUGAAAGUUUUGCACAGAGCAGCGAUGAAGAGGAAGCUGGCACUCUUGGAGAUGCAGUUGGUUCUUCUCGUUUUAUUGGUGGGGCUGCCAACAAGAUCAGUACUGGCUGACUCGCUGGAAGAUGAAGCUAAGAAUAACAUCACCAUCUUUACAAGAAUUCUAGACAGACUUCUGGAUGGUUAUGAUAAUCGUCUUAGACCUGGAUUAGGAGACAGUAUUACUGAAGUCUUCACUAACAUCUAUGUGACCAGUUUUGGACCUGUUUCAGACACAGAUAUGGAAUACACAAUAGAUGUUUUCUUCCGUCAGAGAUGGAAGGAUGAGAGAUUAAAAUUUAAGGGCCCAAUGAACAUUCUUCGACUGAACAACUUAAUGGCCAGCAAAAUCUGGACUCCAGAUACAUUUUUUCACAAUGGGAAGAAGUCAGUGGCUCAUAACAUGACAAUGCCAAACAAGCUUCUACGAAUCCAAGAUGAUGGAACUCUCUUGUACACCAUGAGGCUUACAGUCCAAGCUGAAUGUCCAAUGCACUUGGAGGACUUUCCUAUGGACGCUCAUUCAUGCCCAUUGAAAUUUGGCAGCUAUGCAUACACUACUUCAGAAGUGACGUACAUUUGGACUUACAAUGCUUCAGAUUCAGUGCAGGUGGCACCAGAUGGUUCAAGAUUGAAUCAGUAUGAUCUUUUAGGCCAAACAAUCGGAAAGGAGACAGUUAAAUCAAGUACAGGUGAAUAUACAGUAAUGACAGCUCAUUUUCACUUGAAGAGAAAAAUUGGUUAUUUUGUCAUUCAGACUUACCUUCCCUGCAUCAUGACCGUCAUUCUCUCUCAAGUGUCAUUCUGGCUGAACCGAGAGUCUGUACCUGCGAGGACAGUCUUUGGAGUAACAACAGUGUUGACAAUGACAACACUGAGCAUUAGUGCUCGAAAUUCACUCCCCAAAGUAGCAUAUGCAACAGCUAUGGAUUGGUUUAUUGCUGUUUGUUAUGCAUUUGUGUUCUCCGCAUUAAUUGAAUUUGCAACUGUAAAUUACUUCACAAAACGAGGAUGGGCCUGGGAUGGAAAAAGUGUAGUGAAUGAUAAGAAAAAAGAAAAAGCAUCUGUCAUUAAGAAAAACAAUGCCUAUGCAGUAGCUGUUGCCAACUAUGCUCCAAAUAUUACCAAGGACUCAGUACUUCCAACCAUCUCCAAGAGUGCUACAACUGCAGAACCCAACAAGGCAAAACCAGAAGCGAAGCCACAAGAAGCAAAGAAGACAUUCAACAGUGUUAGCAAAAUUGACAGAAUGUCUAGAAUAGUGUUUCCAGUCUUAUUUGGUACUUUUAACUUAGUGUACUGGGCUACAUAUUUAAAUAGGGAACCUGUCUUACUUGGCUUUGCCCCAUCAACCUAAAAUCUGAAUUGCACUGAGGACUUAAAGCAUCAUUCUAAUGAGAUAGGUUGUUUGCUAUGUACAGUACGACUAAUAACUGCUAAUCUGUGAACCAUUAUGUACAGCGUGUAUAUAGAUGUCUUACCUGUGAAUCUCCAAAGGAGGGACACGGUGUUAAUUCAUGGGAUCUGUAAACAGAUAGCACCCAUGGCAGAUAUAGCCAGCUCUUUAAAAGUUAUACCCGGGGAGUUCUGUUAAAAUAGGAUUCAGAUAUACAGAAUUAUAUCCUCUCCAUACAAUGAGAUGAAAAUAUAAUCGUACAUAAUUAUUUAGGAACAAUAUUUUUUUAAUUUAAAGUUAAAAUAUUUUUCUAUAAAGUAACUAAUUCUACUUUAAUGAAAGAAACUGUCAUUUAAAAAAGUAAUUUUUUAAAAAAUAUGUAAUUGUUUCGUACAAUAGCAGUACCCAUGUACAUAACAGAGUAUGGAGGUCAUACAGUUCUAUUAUUCACAAUCAUUCUGGAUAAUAGUUAGGCUCAAGAAAUAUUAGAGGCUACUGUAUGACAAAAGCCACUAGUUUCUUAUUUCUGUCCUAUUUGAAGUUGUUAAUAAACUAUUUCAAUUGGUUUUAGAGAAAAGCAAAUGUUAAUCAAAUUUCUAGUAAAAGUCAACUUUCAAUAGUGAAACUCUCUUAUUCUUUUCACUAUUUGCUUUAUUUGGUAUUGCUGAGCCAGGUUAUCUGGUUCAGCAAAAUUGAAAUGUUCUGCUUUUUGAUUUUUUUUCUCAAUUAGAUUAUUGUCAGGUUCAUAAAGACACUCAGAAAUUUUUCAGGGUUAAGUAUAUCACUAAUAUAAUGCGUUCUUUUUCCUUGCUUAAUGUUAUCCUAACACCUGCCAUUAAAAGGCUUGCCUAUAAUUGUCCUAGAAAGCAUUGUUUUCAAAAGAAACAAGAAUUCAUGAUUUCAGUUCAGGAAGUUGUCCAUAUGAAUAAAAUUUAUUGCUGCUUUUGUAAAUUGCAACUUUACAUUUCGCUGACAUAACUUUACAACAACUUUGUAUACUAGAAAUGAUUUUGCUAAGAUUUGAAUGUUAUUUUUUUAAUAAAAGUUAAUGCAUCAUCAGUAGGUAUCAAGUAUUUCAUAUACACAAAAACAACAAAAUUGGAACUGCCAUUUGCAAUUUUAUAUGAACAUUUAAUACUGAUCAGUAAAAUUAUUUUUCAUCUGAGCCUUUGCAAAUAUUCUUUAUGCCCCUAAAGGCCUGGUAAAUCAUGACAUAAAUAAUAAUUGUGUACUGUAUCUAGAUUUUAGUAUACUUGGCCAAUCAAAAAUAUUUUGAUUCACUCAUACAUUAGCAGUUAUUAGUUGACCUUUAAAAAAAGAUGCACCUUUAAUAUGAUGUCUUCUAGUAGAGACAUAUGUAGUCGUAUAGUGUCAUUUAUUGCAGUUUUGUACAGUACUUGAGUAUAGUGCAUAAAAUAGAUAUGUUCAGAGUUUAAAAAAGUUGUACAAAUAUUUCUAAAAUCAAAUAAAAGAGUAUCUUAAGACAUGGAAAUGUGCUAAAACACAACAAAGAGAAACAUUGCUUUUAUUUGCUGUUUUAUUUUCUUGUAUUUUCUUUGCUUUUAAUGUGGUUAUGUUUUGUACUUUAUGUGACAGUAUAGAUGCCAAGGUCACAAAUGCAUUUUAUGAAUAGAAUUAAUAGUUAAGGCAGACUUGACAUCAGUAAAAUAAAGAUAUUACGUAACUGACAAAUGAAAGACACCUUGGCAAGGUGUGUAUCCCUUGAAUUCCCUCUAAGUAAACCAUCACAUUAAACCUCUCUCAUCAACAGGAGUUAAAAAAUGAGCACUUUAUUCAGAACAUUAAAAUAAAAAUAUCUUAUUUUCAUAUAUAUUUAUAUAUAAAUGUAGAUCUUCCAUGUAAUAGGGAGAUGUGUGCAAUAGUGUGAUUAAGUGCAUAAGGUUGGAAGGCAAGCAAUAAAAAAAGGUUUUCAUGGUAUAAUUAUACAUUUUUAAAAUGUUUUAUUUGUAAAUUAUGAAUGAUCCCUUCAAUGUCACACAGUCCAGGUAUGAAUAAAUAUAUAAAUAUGUACAUAAGUGCAAAUAAUUGUAAAUAUUAGAACUGUAGAAAAAUCCCUUCACUUUUAAAUCUGUUUUUGGCAAAGGGCUCUGACUGUAUAGUUUAAUGGAAGCCCAUGCUUAGCAGUUCUUGGACCUGAGUAGCUUGAUUCUGUUUUUUGUAGCUUAGGUCUCCUUCCUGUGACCUAGUGGGAGUUCUUACCUUCGGUUCACAUGAGCAAGAUGUAAGGACUCUCCGAACCUCACUGGACUGGGGUUUGAAAGGCAGAGGUUUGCGUUUCACCCUUGGCCACAUUCCAGAUACUCUGAACACCUCACAGUGUUUAAGCAAUGUUGUGUGUUACUCUGUGCAUGAAACCGUAUUGUCAGAACGCUCCCCACUAGAGACAGGAGCGUGCUUAGGAGAGUGUUGGAUUACCUAACAAGGAAGAUUUUGCAUCCUUAUGCAAAAACGGGGACCCCUCAAAAGGUUUCUAACAGUACAAGUCUCCCUUCUUCUGCAACAAGUCCUGUUCUUUUGUCUGAAAGAUAACAUCUGUGUAAUUUACAGCUGCAUGCAAAUAGCGCAUCUUCAGUUAGCAUAAGAAGCCUAACACUGUCUCACACUAGUCAGCCUCGCUGCUAGUACUUUUGUUGGGUGCAGUUAUUUUUUUCAUUCACUGACAAAUUUCUCAAGGCUUAUGUUAUGCUUAGACUCAGUCAGGCAAAAUAACUGAUGUUUAUCACAUGCUAAAGAUGCAUUUAACACACAAUAUAGAAAAAUAGACAUACCAUAUAAAUUCAAUCAGUAUAAAUUAAUAUAUUUUCAAUAGCCACAUGCAGUCCUUGUGGGCAUCAGCAAGAUUUUUGAGUGCAUAUGUUUUAGAAGAGUUUCACCUUUACAUUUAGUUCAGCUGGUCUGUAUUUAAAGCAGACUCCUUCUGCAGGAGUAGAGCGUCUUUAUUGUUUGACUACGGAAACAUUUAUGACGAGGAAAAAAACUACACAUAAAUCUGGCAAAUUUGCAAGACAGCGGGAUAAAUAAACUGGAAUGUAUCAACAUUCAGAGUGAACACAAGCAUUGGGCAAGGAAUUCUGAAAUGCCAGGGUUAAGCCUUUUUCCCAUUUAGCAGUAUAGUAUCUGUGGAUGGGAUUUUAAAGCUGGUCUCAUAAAUUUAUGUGCUGAACUCCUAGAAGUUUCUUUUAACUUGAGUAAGACUUGUUGAUCUUAAAUACUUAAAAUUUUACGUGGAGAGGGAGGGCACAAGCGAGCAAGUGCAAGCCACUUCAGAAUCAAAGACUUGCAUGUGGAAUCUACCUGUGAAAUUUUGGUUGACUUGCCAAACGUAUUUAUUUUUCUCGUUAUUCUGGGUCAGGGUGUCAGAUCAUAUCUUACACGACUUAGGAAACAAAUACAGUACUGUGAUAUAACACUGUGGUAAACUUGGACUAGAAUUAUUGUGAUUCCAAACAGUGCUUUUGAAGUAGGUUUCCAAAGUAGUAUGGUAGUAUGCAAUCUGCAUGCGUGUGAUCAGUAAUUCAAUAGUAAUUUAUAAGUCAGCAUAAAGAGUAUAGAGAUCAGCUAGGUUCAACCAGGUUACUGUUCACUGUUGGAGUCUUCUUAACAGAUUGGUUUUAGAACAGUGACUUCCAAAAUUCUUCAUGACAUAGAUAAUGAAACUAACCUUGCCCGAUUUUAAUGCUUAUUCAAAAUGGUAAUUUUCUGCUCUCCUGGAAAUGGUUGGGCUCUGAGUAAUACUGAUCAGACAAGAACUAACCAGUUUAAGGAAUUAGGUUGGAAGUAUACAGAAAAUAGAGCAGCAACCUAUGAGAGAACAGAAGAAGAGGAGCAGAGUUAGAGGACUAAGGAGAGACAGUAAGAACAUGGGGACAGGUGGAUGCUGUGAAAUAGAUGCUUGACCUGAGAGACUACUCAUAUCACUGAACGUUAUGCUAAGUUUAGGAACUAGUCUGCUUGUUUAGUCACUGGAGAGAGAGCUUGAAAGAGGCUAUUCUGGAGACCAAUUCAAGCAUGAGCCUCACAGAGGUGUUCUGAAUCACCUUCUCACCUCAGUGAUUAUGGGUAACAUGGAGUGAUGAGGGUUUUUUUUUUUUUUUUUUUUUUUAAAGUGAUGUGACCUUAAAGUGAAAAGUAAACCAGAAGCAGCUGGGGAAGGGUAAAAGGGGGAGGAAAUGGUUGUAUUACUGUAUCAGUGAGUUGUGAUAAAGAAGCUUUGAAGGAGGUAAUGUUUGUUUUUGUGUGAGGUUCAGUUCUGAGCCUUCAUUACCAUGUAUGAGUUGUGGGAAGGUAGCUUUUAGAGCCCGAGAAAUUUAAAUACCUCCUGUGUAAUUCUGCUAAACUUGAGGGACCUGAUUUGUGAGUGAAACUAAGAGGGAUGUGGUGACUGCUUUAUGAAAACCAUGCAAUGUUGUGUGCUUCCUGAGGGGGAGCUUCAGGAAUAAAGUAGGAUUUUGUUAAUUCCAGUGUUUCCCUUCUUUAAGGUGAGACUUUCACCUAUGCACAGAAUGUCAGCAUUCAUGCUUUGUAUCUCUCACUCCCAGGUCUGAAAGCUUAGUGGUACUUAAGUUUUACCUGAGACUUCUGCAAAAUAAAUCUAUGCUGUUUAACUUUUUUAUUCCUAACAGACUUGGGUGAAAAAGAAGUCUGAUAUAGCUAUGAUUGGUCUAUGUCCCAUUAGGUGUAGACACAAUGCUAAAAUUCAGAUAAGAAAUGGAGUGAGUUUUAAAGCAGAAUAUGAAAAAACCUUUAAACUAGUGUUACCAGAGAGCCAAACAAGUUAAAUAACUUCAUUAAAAAAUGGGCAGGAUAAACAUACAAGUGUCUAAACAAAUCUAAAUAGAGUCUGAGAGUAUGGUAUGAUUUGAUGUCUAUAUAUAAAGUUUUUUUUUCCUUAAAAGCUUUUCAAAAAGUUAAAAUAAAUAUGUGAAAUUAGAUGAAAGUCAUAUCAUAUUUCAACUUCCGAUAAAGGGAGUAGUUCUUUAGAAAGGUGAGUUUUGGGAUUCCCUCCACUCCUUCCUGAAGACAUUUUAUUUUCUUUUGGAAUGCUACCAAUUUGCAGUAAAAUUUUUAAGCAGGCCUCUAAGAAAAGGUAAUCAUUUUCUUAAAUUCUUUUUCCUAGCUAAGGAAAGUCCCUUUCAUUUUUGUAGAUAAAGUUUCUGGCUAUUAAAGAGUUUGGGUUUAUUCUGCCAUUUUGAAUCUGAAUUUUAACUCUAGCCUUGUGAGGAUCGGUGAGUAGCUUCAUCACUUUAGACAUACAAUAAUAGAAGUUUGCGUUAAUGAAUGGCAGAUGUUAGGCACAUGAAAAGUUUUUGUUUUGCUUUCAUUCAUUAAUAUUCCCAUACUCCCCCAGCCACCCUUUUUAUACAAGACUAGACCUUGAUGCUGGAUUCAAAGCUCUCUGGGUGAAUCCUUGUAUUGUUUUUGAAGUCUGUGAUUAGGACUAACUGGAAGAGGCUAAGCUUACACCAAGAUAAGGGCCAAAUUUGCACUGGAUUUAAAGGAAAGCUGAUUAAGAUCCUAAGGAUAUUCUACAUCACUGAAGCCAGUACGCGCUUUUCCAGAGGGGAAGUACCUCUUGGCCCUCCUUUGGAUAGCGACGUCUGCUUCUUUAACCCAUGUAAAUAAGUCUUUAAAGGAAGAACAAGCUAUACUGAAGUAUGGGACUUGAUGUUUCUCUUAUUCCUAGUACUACACUGAGAUACAUUUCAGGAAUAUUGUGAAAGUGCUGUGGGUUAGGAGUAGGUGUAACACUUGCCAAAAGGAAUUUGGAGGAUGUCUUAAAAUAUGCAAGAUGAUGUAUACUCUUCCUCUAGUGUUAGUGUCUACAUAAAUACAUAUGUAUACUUUUUUUAUUGCUGAUGAUUUAGCAGUUAAACUUUGCUUUCAAAACUCCUUAUUGUGAAUUCUUCACUUGAUCAAGUGGCCUAGAGUGCGUGUUCAUGCAUUCAAGGUGGUUAAUGAUUGCACUGAAUGGUUUCAUUUGACUGAUGUUUGAAGAGGUGAGCUGUGACAAGUUGAAGUGUUACAUUUGUUUUUCAGUACUUCAUCCAUCUAUCUAUGCUAUUGAGGAUGGAUGCAAUAGAGAGUGGAACAGGGUAUUGCUUUGGUCAACAGCUUUUGAUAAUUCUUUUAGAUGUUCAUUUUGGCUGAGUUUAUCAGUUUAUAGGCUACUAUAGCUUAGCGUUAGCACGGAAUGCAAUGUAGUACUCUAUUAGAAUACAUAUGUACAAUAUGCACCACAUGUAUGAACUGUUGAAUAACGGAUUCCUAAGCAUCCCCCUUCACCCUCUCCCCUCCAAAAUAGUCACUUUAUUAGGAAAUAUUGGAAGGCACUUUAAUAUUAAAUGGAAGUGAUUACACUAAACUUUGUUACACUUAAUUUAAAAAAAAUGGUAAAAAUAACAUAUGGAGUCUGAUUCAGAUAUUGUUGUUAGCAAUUUUUUAGCUGGACUGGAGUCAGAAAGCAUUUAUGCAUUUGAUAAACUUACUUUAGUGGGUCGCUCAGGUGAGAAGAUAUAUGGGAGUUUGAAAAUAGGUGCUUACAGCAUAUUUACAAGAAAUAAGGGAAUAAAAAGAGUUGAACCAAUAGAUUUAAAGAAAAUUAAGCACCAAUCAAAUAUGCACAUGCACAGUAAGAAACUGCAUGAUAAAUGUAUACUUAAUCUUGAACAUCAGCGUCACACAAUCUUCUGGGUGACAGUUCACUUAUUUAGUAGGUUUCAUAGCUAUUAAUGAUUAAAGGGGACGAAAAUAUUCUGUAAUUUGUGACCUUGUUUUAACUGGAAAAAGUUGUUACUUUUCUAAAAUGUAAAAGAAGUAACUGGACUUAUGUUUGAAUGUGUCACUUUGCUUGCUGUUGAAGAAUAUUUAUUAAUCACAUGCAAAAUAUUGCUUAACAUUAUCUUUUUGUACUUCUUAUUAAAGUUAAUUUAAAUAUA